GCCCGUCUCCGCUGAGUUCAUUCCCUUCACCCCUCUCUCUUCAUCGACGCCGCCGGGACGCUGUACCCCGCCUCCCUGGACCCCGAUAGUUCCAGUUCGUUCGACGAGGAGGUUCUUCGGGUGGCUGCAGGAGAUGGCGGCGUUCCUGAGGUCAAAGUGCUCCUCAGUUGGGCGUACGUUGAUGGGAGGCGUCGGAAACAAUCUGUAUGGGGGUAUCAAUUCGUCUGCUCAAACUGUGACAAGACCAUCUCACUGUGAUGCUAUCAGCCAGCAAAUCAGGACAUUCAUCCAGAUGAGAACCAACCUCAAGGUGGUAGACAACUCUGGAGCCAAGCGGGUCAUGUGCAUACAGUCCUUGAGGGGGAAGAAAGGAGCGAGGCUCGGGGACAUGAUAAUUGGUUCUGUGAAGGAAGCGCAACCUCGUGGCAAGGUCAAGAAAGGUGAUGUGGUCUACGGUGUGGUUGUCCGUGCUGCUAUGAAGAAAGGGCGCAGUGACGGCAGCGAGGUCCAGUUCGAUGACAACGCUAUAGUCAUCGUGAACAACAAAGGCGAGCUGAUUGGCACUCGCGUCUUUGGUCCUGUUCCCCACGAGCUCAGGAAGAAGAAGCAUCUCAAGAUCUUGGCGUUGGCUGAGCACAUAGUUUAAGACCUUACCCUGCUUAGUCAUAUCUUGCUUUUAUUUCCGGGGAAUGGGGUUAACUUUGCUCCAGGGAUGUUUUGGUCGCCCGUGCUGGUUAUUCCACCUUUCGUUUGGUAAUUUGUGUUUGGAAGAAUGUACCCCAAAACUAUAGGAGGCCCCUGCUGGUUAUUCCACCUUUCAUUUGCUUAGUGUGCAGCUGAAUGUGAACCAAUCAAACUAUAGGAAGCCACCCGCUGAUCAAGUUUUGUAGCACAUUUAAUCUGAAUGUUUCGCUGGAACGGCGAAAAUAUGUUCCUUAUUUGCUCUGUUU